AUGAUUUUAAAACUAGAUUUACAAGGAUGGGAAGAUUAUGCUCAAACUCCUAAUACUAAUCAGCUUAAAGUUUUAAGUGAUUCGCUUAACAACUGUUAACAACAACUUAAAACUAAUACCAACCAAUUCAACAAUAUUUAAUUUAAGAAAUGCAUUACUCAACAAUCUUAAUCUCCGAAUAUAAGAGAGUCUCAAAAACAACCCCUCAUGCCAUAUCGUAAACAAUUCAAUAUCAGGAGAUAGGCAUCACCUUCAUUACGAGAACAUCAGUUUAAUUUUAGUUAAGAGAGCAAAUAACAAUUCCAUCAAAAGUUUAAUAACUUCUAUUAAAGUAAAAAUCAAAAAUAAAACUCUAUUGUUCAAAAUGUCCAAAGGUUUCAAAGAUAAUAGUUAAGAACAAAAUUACUGAUGAUAUCCAAAGAUUUCAAUAAUUCUUAAAUUUAUCAUAUUAUUUAGUUUAUUAAUAAAUGA